UCCCUGUAAUGUAACCACUACUCUGGGCUAUUAGGAGGGAGUUUAAGUUUCGAGCAGAAGGGUGUAGAGAGUCGAUUGAGGGCGACAUCUUCCGAGAGGGUUAUCCGUAGGUAGAGGUAAGUACUCGUAAGAAUCACGCCGUAGGUAUUCCGUAGAUUAGAGGUAGGUAGUUCGUCCUUUGCCUCCCCUCUCAGAACUGCAACAAAGCACAAAAGGGCAGAAUGCAGAUUCCAGAAGAUGGUUUCCCUCUCCCCUUUACAUAAGUACUAGGCACAUAUACCUACUGUGUAGGGUCACGGCGUCAACCUCGGCCCCUGUCGCAUCUCCCAUCCAUGUCAGCGCAGUACUAAUCGGCCGGCAAUUCCUCGGCAGAAUCCAUCCCCGGUCCGGUCCGGAUUCAAUUGUACUUAGGUACCUACGUCGUCAGGUACAUCAUCUAAUUGAUCUCAACCUCAACCAACUCAUCACCACAACGCUAUCUGAUACCCCCUCCCUCUACCGCCUCCCAGCAGAUCGGCCACCAUGGCUUCCAAAGCAGUCGCCAAAGCUGCAGGGGGCGUCGUGAGCAUCACUCAGAAACAAACGCUGCAGUCGACGGGCAUCUGGGAGCGCAUCCGGCGGUUUUUCGCGGUCUCCCCGGAGCGGUCGAACGGCGUGCCGCUCAACCCGUACUUCCGGAACCCGCCUCCAGGCGCGCUGGACCCUCUGACGUACGACGAUCCGGUGACGGCACCGGCGGGCGACAUCGCCGACAACGCGUACUGGCGGCGGGACGUGCGGCGGGCGUACCCGCAGCUGAGCGUCGUGCGCCAGGCCGACGCCGCGGCGCUGCUCGCCGUCGGCAGCUCCGCGGCCCCGCGCCGCGAGCUGAUUGGCGAGGCUGGCGAGAAUGCGCUCGUCGCGGCGCGCGAGGAGGGCCGCACGGCGGGCCUCGCGGCGCAGAUCGCCAAGGGCGCCAGCGCCGGCGCCGGUGACGGGAGCGAGUUGUUCAGGGAUGGCCUGCCGCCGCUGCCGAGCGGGCAGAGCCUGCGCGCCGCCGACGGCAAGUGGGAGGUGUACAAGUACGACCUCGCGGAGGACUCGUACGGCGAGGCAUACCCCUGCCGGAACUUCAAAUAGACGCGACGCCUUUACGGACGAACAGCGAUAGACGGGCGGGCGGAAGGGUAAAAAGAGAGAGGGGCUAAACAGAGGAGCCGACGGGCGGACAUAUCAGGCCAACCGAGACUCUUGCGAAUGAGAGAGGUCGGGGUGCCCAAGUGUACACACAUAUAUACUUAUACACAUUGCGAGGGGCAAGAAAUCCCACAUCGCCGAUGAGACUAUUCUCACAAUACGAGAGAUCUUUGCGAUGGUAGCUACGUGAAAGGUCUUGCUCUUUGCAAAAUCCACGUAAACUCUCGAGCCGCCCGCAUUACUACGGUGGGGAAAUGGGGGGAAGAGGAGGGGAGCUUAGAGACUCUCAACUCCUUGUGGUGGUGCCUAGCGUGAAAGCUCCGCUA